AUGAGAAAAUCUGGAGCAGGCGCUCACUUUCAUUCCAAGGGGUUUGCCUACGAUGCAUUAGUAUUUCUUAGAGACAAAAACAAAGUCCGCCCAUGCAAGGAAAGUGAAGCCGAGAACGUGGAUGACCCUAAUGACUCUUCCUCCGAAACUGACUUAGAUUAUUCACAAGUAACAGACUGUGAUGAAUGUGGAAAUGAGACCCAAGAAUUUCAAGAUGUAGAAAAUGGCCACCAAGGCAUGGAAGACUUGUCUAACGAUGGUUCUCAAAAGCCAUCAACAUCUAACGCUGCUUGUCAGGAGCCUUCGGCAUCUAACAAAGCCUCUCAAGACCCUCGUAAGGAAACCGUGGAAAAUCCGAACAGCAGAAAUCUUGGUGAAUUUAAACACCCCAAUAAAACUAGACGUGUCACACAAAUUUUUAAAAGAAAAAUCGAUGAUAACGCUCGAAAAGAAGAGGCAUAUAAAAUAAUUCAAGACAUACAAAAUAAACGACAGCGAGACAAAUUCGAUGUAUUUGGAGAACAUAUGGCGUGUAAAAUUAGGGAUUUGAAUACCACCUGCACACAAAAUAUUGUAGAACAUCUUAUAAGUAAUAUUUUGUUCGAUGCAAGUAUGGGUAAAUAUGAUUAUGGAAUGCCACAAUCAACUAAUACAUAUGAGCCAAUUUUAUCAAUGCAACUUUUCACGAGACCACAGUCACAUUCAUCGUAUUGCAGCACGCCAGCUACAUCACCAGCGGAGAUAUACAUACAAAACUCUUCAGACUCCUCUACUGCUACUCUACUGGUUCUUCAAACAUUAUCGCAGAGGCAUUUCAAUUAA